AUUUCAUAAUAUCCGAUCAAAAAUAAACGACUGAUUAUCUAGUUUCAUAUUAAAUACCAUUGAAUAUGUGAUGAAAGAAUAUUUUUUACUAAUAUGGAAUAGAAUAAAUUUAAGAAAAAAAAGAUCCUAUCUACAUAAAAAUCAUUCAAACAAAAGAUUCCUAAGUCAAUGGUUAUUGUUUCUCAUUUAAACAAGCCAUCUAAACAUGAAUCUCUAUGACUCUAUAUAUAUUCAUUUUAAAUGAAAUGAUUUAAAUGUAUAUAAAUAACAAAUUUGAUAAUAAUAAUAAUGAAUUUAAGCAAUAUCAGUAGUAUUCAUAGUUUCAUUAUAAAAUUAUUCUAUUUUAUUGUAUUCAUAUGUAUGAUUAAAGAAUUAAUGAAUUCAUUGCAUGUGAUGGGAUAUCAAUAUAUACAUCAAAAUUCUAAUGAAAAUCAACAUUUACAAAAGAUUCAAAUGAAGAAAAAUAAUUUAACAAAUAAAGAAUCAUUAUAUUUACCUCUUACAUAUGAUAAUCUAUCUGACCAUAGCAUUGUUCAUAUUAAUCGCAAAGACGUAAAUUAUUCUAACUAUAGUUUGUCAGUGAACAACACAACCAUACAAUAUGAUAACAUAUCAACAGUAGCAUCUACAGAUGUACGUUCACAGUCUGUUGAAGCUAAUAAUAAUAAUACUACUAAGGAUAACAAUAAUGACGAUAAUGUUAAUAAUAACGGUAAUACACAUUCAGUAGCUCAAAUCAGUCAGAUAACCACAGAUAACAACCAAUAUAAAAACGAUAAUGUGAAGAAAAAUCUUUUGAAGCUACAAAACAAGCAUAAAAGUAUUACAAAUUCAAGCAUUAAAUUCAUGCGUUACAAUACUGGCGAUACAAUACAAUUGAAAUGUCGAAUACCUAAAGGUCCAUAUCUUGUAUUAUGGAAUAAACUAGGAUUAGAUUACCCAUUAACUAUUGGAAAAAAUCGUUUUAUACCAGAUGAACGAUUUGAAAUACAAUAUAAACCACCAAAUCGUUGGAAUCUUAUCAUUUCAAAUGCUCAAUUAAAUGAUACAGGUGUAUAUUCAUGUACUUCCGGUUCAGAAAUAAGUAAUAGUCAUUCAAAUGUUAAUAAUAAAUCAGAUUUAAGACAUUAUCAAGAAUAUCAACCACAGUCUGAGAAGAAUAGAUAUAGAAUACAUACAGCAGUCACAGAUGCUACGAAAACAAAGAAACAAAGUAAAGGUCGAGAAUAUUACGUUUCUGUCGUUGAACCAUUACCUUCAGAACGAUAUCAAGUUGAUGUACCUUUUAAUAAGAUUGGAAUGAAAAAUAAAACUAUCACUGUAACUGGUCCAAAUCUUGUAUUUUACGGUACCCCAUUAGAAUUAAUAUGUCGUGCUAGUUUUCCAUCAUCUGAAGCUAAACUUGAUCCAACAAUUUCAUUAGAAUGGUAUCAUCGUGGUGUACGUCGAUUAUCACAUCCAUUUAGAUCAGGUGGUGUAUAUAUUACAAUGCAAUGGUUAGAUUCACAUUUAUUAGAAAGUAGAUUAUAUAUAGCAUGGGUAAAUGAAUCUGAAGCUGGUCAAUGGAUAUGUUUAGAAAGAUCAAAUCCAAUUAAAAAUAUAAAUUAUACAAAAUUAUCAUCAUCAUCGUCAUUAUCAUCAAUGUCAAAUUAUCGUAAUGCUCAAAUGAAUGAAUUUAAUAAACAAUCAUUACCAUUAUAUCAUAAUACAUCUAUAAUAUACAGUCCAUCAAAUAUUGAUUUGGUUUAUGAUAAAAUCUAUAUAGAAAUUAUUGACAUACCUGACACAACGUUUUCUGUACAAAUGACAACGCAAAGUACAAUAUUCACUGUUCCAACAGUUUCAUCUUUAUCAUCUCAACCAAAUGGAUUACUGUCAUCAUCAUCAUCAUCAUUAUCAUCAUCAACAUCACCAUUAUCAUCUUCAUCAAUAGCGAAAUCAUCUUCAACAUUAUUCUCAUCUAGUUUUAAUCAAAAAUUUUCUAAAUCAAAUACGAAUGGUAUAUCAUCUAAACAUUUAUAUAAUAAACCUGAAAAAUUAUCAUUUAUAGAACGACUAAUUAGAUCAAUGAAUCAUUGUACAAGAUUACAAAUCAAUAAACAAAUAUUAUUGAUUUUCAAUAUUUUCAAUAAUUUAUUACUUAUAAAAUCUUUCAUAUCCAUUCAUAUUCUAUAAAUCAAUCAAUAUGAUUAGGUAUUUAUACUUGAAAAAAGAAAUUCUUAUAUUAAUAUAAAUAAUCAAUAUUAUUGAGAAAUCGAUUUUUUUUUAAAAAAAAUUAUUUUUUGGCGCAUUUGUAGAUUUGAAGUAUU